UCCCCAGCAGGGACCCCUCGCUGUCUGCCCUACAGCCUUCUCCAGGCCCAACUGGGGCCCCAGGGAUGCUGGAGCAAUUUGUAUCAUGGGGGUGCUGACAGUCACUGAACCGCACUGUAAACCCUGCAUAUGAUGGAAACCACUUCAAGCCGGGGGGGCUGCGCCCCCCUCCGCACCCCUAGUCCCAGCACCUCGGCCAGGACCCCACCCAGGCCUCCAACCCAACAGAGAUCCACUGAUCGCUGCCCCGGGUUUCUGGGGUUUUAGACAGCUGUGUCUCCAUGUCCUCGCCCUCCUGGCUACUCUCCACACAGACCCACCCACCCUGCGCACUCACCAUCCUGCACAUACAUCCACCCCUGCGCCGGCUCCUCGCCCCGUGUCUGCGGGAAGCAGGUGACCCUCCCCGGCCGGGGUGAAGCGGGUUUGGGUUGGGGGGCAGCCCCAGGGCCGGGAGGGGUGGCACAGGGAGAGAAGACAAGGGGGAGUGUCGCUUUAAGCCGCUCCCGGACACUCCCUUCCUCCCCGCCGGCCCUCGCCCUCCCCCGCAGCCCCGGCCCUGGCGAGCGGCUGGUGCGGGGCGGAGGGUCCCGGGAUCAGCCUCAGCCCCGGGGAAGGAGACGCGGCGCUGGGGCUGGGCUCGGCCCGGGGCAAUCCCAGCGGGCGCGGAGCUGAGAAGGGGAAGCCGAGCCCCCCCCGCCAGCAGGGCGCGGACCGGUUCCCAGCGCCGCCCGCGGGCGCAGGGCGCUUUGGCGAGCCGGGCGCUGGGGGCGCGGAGCCGGGGACGGCGCAUGGGGGGCUCCUGCUGGCCGGCCGGCCCCAGGCUCGGGGAAGGGUAGCGAGCGGAGCCGGACCCUGCCCACGGCAGCGCCCCGGGGGAGCCCGGCUGCAGCCUCGGGACCAGCGCCUGGCACAGCCCUUCGCUCAGUCCGGCCUACAACAGGACAGUCUGUCACGAGAUGUGGUAACUGAGAGUAAAGCCAUCCCCACUAGCCGCAAGCCCCCAGCCGGAGACCCGGGCUGUUAGGAGGCCAGGCUGUAGCUGCAGAGAUGUCGGUGUCCCGGACCCCGGUGCCCACGCGGAGGCUCCAGGCAGCAGGGAUUCCAGCUCCCCGGCCCAGAGGCGGCGCUCGCUGCAGGCUUGGCAGAUAAAGCUGCCGAGAUUGGGAGCUUCGAGGGCCCCUCGUUGCGGAUCAGGGCCGUCCGCCGUGCAAACCAGGCCCGGUGCGGGAGGCGCAUGGAGGCUGGAGAAGCGCCUCUGCCCGGCAAACAUCCCAUGGAGCCGCAGCGCCGCCCGGAGCUCAGGCGAGAGACGACGGCGCCCCCCGUCUUGGCACCAGUGGUACUGCUGCUCCUGGGGCUAGCACUGCCCGCCAGUGCCCGUCCUGUGCCCACCCCGGUGGAUGAGAGCGGGGAGGUUGUGGCCUGGCUGACGCAGUACGGCUACCUCCCCCCCGCCGAUCCCGUCACCGGCCAGCUCCAGACUUGGGAAGCCGUGACCAGCGCCAUCCGUGUGAUGCAGCGUUUCGCCGGGGUCCCCGAGACUGGGAUCCCAGACGAUGCCACGCUGGCCCUGAUCCGGACGCCGCGCUGCUCGCUGCCCGACGUGCUCCCGGGAAAGCUGCUCGAGAGGAAGAACGGGAGGCAGUGGCGGAAGAGGAGGAAAAGUCGGGGCAGGCGGAGCGCAGGCCUGGCUUGGACCAAGAGGAACAUCUCCUGGAAGGUGAAGACGUACCCGCGGGAGGCGCGGCUCAGCCGGGAGACCAUCCGCGCGCUCACGCACUACGCGCUGAAGGUGUGGAGCGAGGCCGCCCCGCUCACCUUCCACGAGGUGGGUGGAUCCGGCGCCGACGUCUCGGUGGAGUUCCUGCACCUGGACCACCGGGACGGCUACCCCUUCGACGGGCCGGGGGGCAUGGUGGCCCACGCCUUCUUCCCCGGGGACCCGCAGCGCGCCGGCCACGUGCACUUCGACAGCGACGAGGACUGGACCUUCCGCUCGCCAGAUGACUACGGGACGGAUCUCUUUGCUGUGGCCGUGCACGAGUUCGGUCACAGCCUGGGCCUGGCGCACUCGCCCUCCACGCGCUCCAUCAUGCGCCCGUAUUACCAGGGCCCGGUGGGGGACCCGCUGCAGUACCAGCUGCAGGCCGACGACCGUGCGGACAUCCAGAGGCUCUACGGAAGCCCUGUCCUGCAUUCCACAGAGAAGCCGGAGGCAUCGUCGCUGCUCCCGGACCCGCCGUCCCUGCCCCACGACUUCCCUGCCUUGAGGUCGGAGAAGGAGUUCCCGGAUCGCUGCUCCUCCAGCAUCGACGCCAUCGCCCAGAUCCGCGGGGAAACCUUCUUUUUCAAAGGUCAGUACUUCUGGCGUCUGACCCACGAGCGACACCUCACCUCCCUGCGCCCCGCCCUGAGCGCGGCUUUCUGGCGAGGCCUGCCCCGCAGCCUGGGCAAAGUGGACGCCGUUUACGAGAGGCACACGGACCAUCGGAUCCUCUUCUUCAGCGGGCCCCUCUACUGGGUGUUUAGGGACAACGGCGUGGAGGAGGGGUACCCGCGCCCCGUCACGGACUUCGGCCUGCCCCAGGGGGGAGUGGAUGCCGCCUUCUCGCGGCCGCACGACCGGAAAACCUACUUCUUCAAGGGUGGGCUGCAGUGGUCCUACGACGAGGCCCUGGGGCGCAUGGACGAGGGGUCCCCCACCCACACCGUGCUCGGGGGGCAGCUCCCCACCCCUGUGGACAACAUGCUGAGUGGGAGUGACGGAGAGGUCUACGCCUUCAAGGGCAGGCAGUACUGGAAGCUGGAGUGGCACGGUCUCAAGCUGGAGAAGGGCUACCCUCGCUCCAUUGCCAGGGACUGGCUGGGCUGCACCGGGGAGCUCUCCCCGCCGCUGAGCGCCCCCACCGGCCCCCCCACGGGAGCCAAGCUGCAGCCGGACUGGCGGGGCCCCCCGCUGGAGGUGGAGCGCUGCGUGUGCCCCAGCUCGGCCCCCCGGGCCGCGCUCGCCUGGCCGCUGGCCGCCCUGCUGCUGCUGUGGGGCCUCGGCUAGGCUGGCAGCCGGGGCUGCCCCCGGCCUGCGGACUAACCCUGGAGGCAGCAGGCCAGGCCAGGGGGCUGCUGGGGAACCCUGGGGGUGGGGGGCGCGCCCCCGAAGGUCGGCGCUGCAGGCCGGGUUCCGGUGCAGGGGAUCUGCGGGGGUCCGAGGCCUGGGCAGCGCGAAUACCCGCGAGUCAGGGCGUGCCCAGGGGCGGCCCGCUGCGCUCUGUCUGCGGGCAGUGGCAUGGGACGGGUGAGCGGCCGCUAACCGCCCGCGGGGGUAGAGCCGGGGCGGGAGCACAGGCCACCUCCAUUCGCUCGGGGAAAGUGCUUGUCCCUCUCCCCUGACGGACUUCAGCCCCCAUGGCCGGGCGGGCGGGGGCCCAGAUGGCCCAGCUGGGCCCGCGCCAGCCAGGGCCUGGCCUCAGCACCUCGGCCAGGGCCUGUCAGCUGGACCCAGUGAAGGGGGGCCGAGUGAUGGGCCCUCCGUGAUCCACUGACGAUGAUGCCAGCUCCUGCCACGGGGCACCAGCUCUCCAUCGCCCUGACUUCACCCUCCAUUACCCCAGCUCUCUGUCCCCUCAUCUUCCGUGUCCCCAUCUCCCUGACCCCCCCCCGAGCUCCCAUUGCCCCAGCUCCCCCCCCUCCACGCCCCAUCUUGCCUCAGGUGCCCCCGGCACUGACACCGGGGGCAGGAAUGGAGGGGGGCGGGGGUGGAUGCUCCACUCCAGCUUAGCUUGCAGAGCAGGAAGCUAAAUUAUACACCAGGUGCCCGGGGGCCUGGGCCUGCCCCACGCCCUGCCAGCUCCCAGCCGGCCUCUGUGUUCUCGUGGUGGUGCUCGGCGCCCAGGGGCUCUGUGUCCCCGGCAGCGAGAGAAAGUCCCUGCCCCACGAGCACUGCUAGCCCCCUCCGCCCUCCCCUCCCGCUUCCUCCGGGGCCUUCUCCGAGUCCCGUGAAGCCGCUGGUCCCCCUGCGGGCGCUGUGCAAACAGCCCCAAUGUGCCCAAAUGACCCAGGAGCCCCGAGCAGCCGCUACCGCCUGCCCCGGGAUGGGACCCGGCCCUUCACCCUCCUGCCCAGAGGGGACUUCCUCCCUCUGGCCCUCCCGUGGGGUGGCAGGGUCGAAGGGGCCCCGGGAACUGCACCCUACUAGGGCAGAGCCUGUAUCUGCUCAGUGCUUCUCUUGCCCAGCCCGAGCCCCGCUGGGCCAGUGCGUUCACACCCCCGGCCAUGUCCCCGGGGCUGCCCUCCGGCCUGGGGGCAGAGGUGAGGCCGGGGACAGGAGCGUGAGGCCCAGAGCGGGAGCAGCCGAGAGCCAGCACUCCUGUUAGAACCAUGCCAAUGGCUUGGGGGCCAUCUCCGGCCGGGGUCCCUGGUCCCAUAGCAAGCCCCCCGCCCCCUUUGAAGCAUCAGAGAGAGUUCAGAGACAGGCCCCCAGGCUGCAAGGGGCAGCUCUAGAGCAGAGAGCCCUAUGGCCUCCGGUUGCCGGCUCCAGCCCCGGGCAGCCUCCCACAGGCACCCACAGCAACCGAAUGUCGCUGGACUCUGCUAAACCCUGCCCCGCCUUCCCCAUGAGCUCCCCAGUGCCCGGCCCCUCUCUCCGGCCCCUCUGCCUUAGCCCGCAUCUGCUGAGCGGUCAUGGCCUCCCGCAGUCCUCCCCUCCCAGGAUCUCUCCGGCAUGCGGCGGCCAAACCCCGCUCAGCCUUUUCCCAGCUGGGAGAUGCUACGUUCGCUCCGGAGCUCCUUCUGCAUCAGUGCCUGGGAGACGCCCUCCGAUCCCUCGCUUGGGGACCCAUUGUUCUCCAUGUCCCUCCCCAUGGGCGGCUGGCGUCUCUCAGGCCUGGACUGGUGCACACGCUCCCUGCGGCCAGGAGCUGCC